AUGGCCAGCCUGGCCGCGCAGGACUCCUACCUGCAGGGCUUGGCGAGGAAGGUCUGCACGCAGCAGCCCCCGGAGUCGCGGAAGAGGAAAUUCGUGUCUAAACCAGGCCAGCCCAAGGAUGCUGGUGGCCAGCCCCAAAAAAAGAAGAGAAAGAAAUCCCGGAAGCAACCUGAGAAGGCAAAUGCAUCUUCAGUCAAACAGGUGGUCUCCAACACCAGUAAACCUACUCCAGAACAGAAAACAGCUCCUCAAGCCAGCAAAUCAUCUCCUAAACAGAAUGCUAAACAGAGCAGAGAUGAGAGUUUGGAGAUAGGGAGCAAAAGCCAACUGGGCUCCACCUCUUUUUCUGCAAUGAAUCUCCUGCGUCAGAGGCUACAUGAGAAGAUUAAAAAGGCUUCUGGACAGGAUGAUGCCAAAGAGCUACCUCCUGCAAUCCUGGAGAAGAGGAAGCGAAGGAAAUACGAGAGGGAGAGGAAGAAGCGCCGAAGGAAGGAGUUGAAGAUGAAGGCAAAAGCAGAGAAGAAAGAAUCUGAGGAGGUACCAGCAGAGCCAGAAGUCAAAAAGGAGGAGAGCACAGCUGAGGUUGUCUUCAACAAGGUUGAAGUCCAUGCAGAGAAUGAGUUGAACAAGGUGCAGAAGAAGAAGGAGAAGAGGAAAGCAGUGAAAGGCAACAUCACUCCUCUGACUGGCAAAAACUACAAGCAGCUGCUGAGCAGGCUGGAGACUAGGAAAAAUAAACUGGAUGAGCUCAAGGAUAAGGACCAGAAGAAAGCUGAGGAGCUGGAGAAGAAGCUGAAAUGGACAAAUGUCCUCUACAAGGCAGAAGGUGUGAAGAUCCGUGACAACGAGGAGCGUCUGAAGGAAGCCCUGAAGCGCAAGGAGAAGCGGAAGGCGCAGCGCCAGCGGCAGUGGGAGAAGAGGACAGAGAGAGUGGUGGAAAAGAUGCAGCAGCGGCAGGAGAAGCGGCGCAAGAACAUCCAGAAGAAGAAGAAGGAUCGGAUUGAGAAGAAGAAAGCCAGGGCCCGGAAGAAGGGCAGGAUUCUGCCAGAGGACUUGAAAAAAGCUGGUUUGAACUGAGUGCCUGGGGGACAGCGGUCCUGAGCCCGGGUCUGGGAGCUCUGCGUAGGGGAGUCAGUGCUGGACUGGGACAGAGUGGUUGUGCCCAGAGGCACCAGCCUGUAGGGCAGCCAGUGCUGUGGAUUCCAACUUAAUGAUGAA